AUGGAUUUUGGGGACCAGGGCGCUUUCCUGUGCGUGGUCGAUGACUCCAACGAGCACAUGAUGUCGGUGUGGGACUGCGCCCGCGGCACCAAACAGGCUGAGGUCAAGAGCACCAACGAGUCGGUGCUGACGGUGGAGUUCAACCCCCGGGACAGCGGCAGCAUCAUCAGCAGCGGCAAAUCCCACGUUUAUUUCUGGACCUGGAGCGGCAGCGCCCUCACCAAGAAGCAGGGAAUCUUUGGGAAGUACAAGAAGCCGAAGUUCAUCCAGUGCUUCAUCUUCGACUCGGCCGGCGCGGUGCUGACCGGGGAUUCGGAGGGGAACAUCCUCACCUGGACCCCCACCCCGGGAAAGGGGGGAAAAGAGAUGUACCAGAUCGGGCAGCAGACCCGGGCCCACGAGGGCAGCGUGUUCGCGCUCUGCCGCCGCCGCGACGGGACGGUGCUGAGCGGUGGAGGGAAGGACCGCAGGGUGCUCAGCUGGAGCCCCACCCUGCAGCUGCUGCACGAGGUCGAGCUCCCGGAGAGCCUGGGGGCCGUGCGCACGAUCGCCGAGGGUCCCGGGGAGGAGCUGCUGGUCGGGACCACCCGGAACGCGCUGCUCCGGGGCACGCUGGGCUCCGGCUUCACCCCCAUCGUGCAGGGUCACACGGACGAGGUUUGGGGUCUGGCCACGCACCCGAGCUGCUGCCGCUUCCUCACCUGCGGCCACGACCGGCAGCUGUGCCUGUGGGACGGGCGGGAGCACGCGCUGGCCUGGAGCCUGGCGCUGGAGGACACCGGGCUCUGCGCCGACUUCCACCCCGGGGGACACGUGGUGGCCGUGGGGCUGCUGACCGGGCGGUGGCUGGUGCUGGACACGGGCACUCGGCAGCUCCUGGCCGGGGGCUCGGACAGCAGCGAGCAGCUCUCGGUGGUUCGGUUUUCACCGGACGGGACCUUCCUGGCCAUCGGCUCCCACGACAAUUUCAUCUACAUCUACAGCGUGGCCGAGGGUGGCCGCAAGCUCAGCCGCUUCGGCCGCUGCACGGGUCACUCGAGUUUCAUCACCCACCUGGACUGGUCCAAGGACGGCCGUUUCAUCAUGUCCAACUCGGGGGAUUAUGAGAUCCUCUACUGGGACGUGGCCGGGGGCUGCAAACUCCUCCGGAACCGCUUCGAGAGCCGGGACCGGGAAUGGGCCUCCUACACCUGCGUGCUCGGCUUCCACGUCUUCGGGGUGUGGCCGGACGGUUCGGACGGCACCGACAUCAAUUCCCUGUGCCGCUCGCACCACGAGCGCGUGGUGGCCGUGGCCGACGACUUCUGCAAGGUUCACCUGUUCCAGUACCCCUGUGCCCGGCCCAAGGCGCCCAGUCACGUGUACGGCGGGCACGGCAGCCACGUGACCAACGUGCGCUUCACGCACGACGACGGGCACCUGGUGUCGCUGGGCGGGAAGGACACGAGCGUGUUCCAGUGGCGGGUGCUGCCCGGCGACAGCGGCUGAGCCCCCCGCGCUUCCUCUUCCUCGCUGCUUCCUCUUCCCUUUUCCCCCUUUCCUGGGACCAAAGAGCGGGCGAGGGCUCGGUUAAACCGUUC